UAUUACAUAUGGGGGAAGUAUUACUUCCCUUUCAUUCCUACAGCAGCUCCUGCGUUACUCAGUGAUGAGCAGCAGAGGGCGCCAAAGCGCAAGCCAUAAGCUGAGCCCAUAAACAGCAGAAGACGGUUCGAUCGCUGCACGUCUCCGCCAGUGCUCAUGCCAUGGGGCCGGAGGAUGUGUGCUGCGGCAUGGAGAGGCUUCCCGUGCCGGUAUACGGCCCCUGGAAGAACCUGCCUGCCUUCCAGUACACACCAGAGCUGAUUGCCGGACCAGGAGCUGAACAGGAUCCAAGUGAAGUGACCAUCCAAGGGUGCGAUUGCCAAGGCUCCAACUGUGUUGCAGAAGUGUGCCGCUGCUUACCCCAUGGUAGCCACUAUGUGAGACGUUCCAUUGUCAGCGGGCAAAGGCCAGUGCGGGAAUGUAACAUCAUGUGCAACUGUGGGGAAUCCUGUCCCAAUAGAGAGACCCAGCAGGGACUUCAGUUCCAUUUGCAGCUGUGCCAGAGACCUGGGAAGGGCUGGGGGGUCUGUACGCUGGAAGAUAUCCCAAAUGGCAGGUUUGUGUGUGAAUACGCCGGCGAGGUGCUUGGACAUGAGCAGGCCCGAAGCAGAAUUCUCUCCCAGAAUCCCUGUGCCAAUAAUUAUAUUAUUGCGGUACUUGAGCAUCUACAUGGGGGGCAGAUACUUCAGACCUUCAUAGACCCCACACUCAUAGGCAAUGUGGGCAGAUUCUUAAACCACUCCUGUGACCCAAACCUCUUCAUGAUGCCGGUCCGUACUCACUCCAUGGUUCCAAAAUUGGCCCUGUUUGCUGCCCGGGAUAUCCAGGCCGGCGAAGAGCUGUGUUAUGAUUAUUCAGGGAGAUUCUUUAACCAGACUCCUGCCAGUGAAACUCAGGACUCCGAGGAGGAGCUAAGCCCACGCAAGAAGUGCCUGUGUGGUACAGGGGCCUGCUCCGGAUUCCUUCCCUAUGAAAGUUCAUUGUUCUAAAUGCUACUUGCACAAUGGUGGCGAUUCCAUAUGUGUUCUACAAAGAUAGGGCCAUAAUAUGUUUUAGGACCUGCAGGAUAUUCUUACAGGAACAAAUGGUUUAUUCAGUACUGAGGUUUUCUCAAGGGGACAUUUCAAGGGGUCUCCUACCCAAAAGCAUUGUUUGGGAGGAUGGAGAGAGGUAUUUAGUUGGUUUUCAUUUUUCUUUAUUUGUGUUUUUUUAGGUAUUUACCAUUUUAUUCAGCAGCUCUAAACUGAAAAGUUGCUUAGAAUUGGCCAUUCUAUAACACACUAAAGGUUAA